GUUUCGCCCAUGAUGUGCCGCAGCACACUGAGUGGACAAGAGGGCUGGAGGGAAGGGGGGGAGGGGGAGAGGGAGGGGGCGGGGGAGGGGGAGAUGGAGGGAAAGGGGGAGGGGGAGGGGGAGGUGGAGGGGGAGAGGGAGAGGGAGGGGGAGGGGAAGGAGGAGGGGGAGGGGGAGGAGUGGCAUAUUUGCAAGACUAUGCACUCAUCAUCAGGACGACUCUGACAGGAGCUGUUUCGUCCAUGGAG